AUGUCGGUUUAUCCGUUCACCGUGAAAACCAGUCAGUCGAUCCCAAACCCGAGUUUAAAGACAGGAGAUUCGGGUGAUUACGGAGAGGGCGAUAAGUACUACCACUGGCCGGGCACGCUGGGAUCGCCGCCGCCGCCGCCGCCGUCGUCGUUUGGUUUGUCAUCGUCACCGUCACCUUUCGGUUUGCCACCGUCUGCGUCCCCCUCGUUCGGCGGUGACGGUGGUCCUGCGACCGCUUCGUCGACGACACCGUUUGUCAACUUCAUCAAGCGUCCGACGCCGACGGCGCCACUGCCUUGCCGGCCUCAGCAGCCGCCCAGCCGCGCGCCUCUGUCGUCGGACAUCGUGAGCUAUCAGACGGGCCACUCGAACAGUUUGCCGUUGUUUAUCAAAUCGUCAGCCGACCGUGAGCUCGAUGAGUUCCGGUCUCUGCAUGCGGACAUCGACGAAGAUGACGACCACGACGACAUCGAAAACUACGAAUCGGACGACAGUGACACGGACAACGCGCGCGUGGCCGACGUCGUCCGUCUGUCGCCGUCCCCCAAAUCGGCAUCUUCACCUUCGCCAUCCACGCAGACGUCUACGCCGCGGCCGCCUUCGCCAACGGCCUCGGCCACUGCUAAGCCACAUUCGGCUUCUACGCCGCCACCAUCGUUCCGCCGGCCACCGUCGCCGCUCGACGCCCUCGACCUGUCGCCGUCACCGACCAUGACACCCAUCCAGCCGACCAUCAUCGACAUCGACGUCUGA